UUUCUAGCAUUACGUCGUAUGCUGAGACACUGAUAUAUCUGAGAGUUGACGUUUCAUAAUAAACAAUAUAUUUUUUUUACUUAUUUGUAUAAACAUUUCUCUUAUUUGCAAGUUGCUGUAAACAAUAACUAUAUUUUUUCAAUUUACUAGUAAAUAAAAGAAAAAAAUUAUCACAAUGACGGAAGAGGAAGAAGAAAAGGAAUAUCGGUGGGAGACCGGUUACGAAAAAACUUGGGAAGCAAUCAGAGAAGAUGAAUAUGGAACAAUUGAUUAUUCUGUGGCUGAUAUUAUUCUCAAAGCGAAAAGAAAACGUCAACUUGAUAAAAAAGGUGAUUCUAGAUUGGGAAUGAUGAGACAUUUGUACGUUGUUCUUGAUUGUUCGGAAAAAAUGACAAAUGAAGAUUUACAUCCAACUCGAAUGAUUUGUACCUUAAAGCUGAUGGAAAGUUUUAUCGAGGAAUUUUUCUAUCAGAAUCCCAUCAGUCAGAUUGGAAUAAUAGUAACGAAAAAUAAACGAGCUGAGAAAAUAAGCGAUUUAACCGGAAAUCCAAAGAAGCAUCUCAAGGAGUUACGAGCUUUAAAAACGGCUACUUGUACAGGAGAACCAUCACUGCAGAAUUCCAUUGAACUUGCAUUAAAAUCUUUAAAAUUAUUACCAACUCAUGCGACCAGGGAAAUUUUGAUAAUAAUGGGAUCACUCACGACAUGUGAUCCUGGCGAUAUAAGUGAUACGAUAAGAAGUAUGAAAGCUGAAAAUGUGAGAUGUAGUGUAAUUGGAUUGGCGGCGGAAUUACAUAUUUGUAAACGAAUGGUAUCGAUGACGGGAGGUGUUCACAGUGUUGUUUUGGACGAUAAACAUUAUUUGGAACAAUUGAAUAUUCACAUUGAUCCACCGCCAGCUGCAACACGUUUAGACGCCGCCCUUGUGAAAAUGGGAUUUCCUCAUCAUGCCCUGCAAUCGUCAACUGCCGAGGUUUCCAUGGCUGUUUGUAUGUGUCAUGCAGACGAUAUGGAUGAAUCGGAUAAAAUUCUAAAUACAGGAUAUCUUUGCCCUCAAUGUCUCAGUAAACAUUGUGAAUUGCCUGUUGAGUGUCGAGCUUGUGGAUUAACAUUAGUUUCAGCGCCACAUUUAGCAAGAUCGUAUCAUUAUUUAUUUCCCGUUCGACGCUAUCAGGAAAUACAAAAUAAUGGCAAAACGUCAAAUUGUUUCAGCUGUCAAAAGGAAUUCGGUGCUCUCGACAAAAAGGUCUAUUUCUGCGAAAGAUGCGAGCAAACCUUCUGUCUAGAUUGUGAGAUAUUUGUUCACGAAUCACUUCACAUGUGUCCAGGUUGUGCAACAAAUUCAGAAACCUAUGUGGCUCAAUCGGGAAGUUCAUCAACAACUUAACGAAAAAUAAAAUUCUUCUUCAAUUCUAA